ACAACAAUUACAAGAAAGUUGAAAAUGGAAAUCUUAAAUCUCAGCUUCCCCCAACAAUGCUCUCUGUGUGAGACAGAUGUGUGCCAAGAAUGUAUUUCAUAAUCGCUGUGUGGUGUUUUUGCUAUGAACAUUUAUGGCACUAAUGGUGGACUUAUGGUACUUCCUUCUCCUAUUAAUCACAUUCACACAAACACAUGUAUUUGUUGGCUUUUUAGGGGCAGCUGAACAAGCUGAAAACAACAUCUGACAUUAUCCCCUCAUAAUGUUGUUAAAGCUACUUAAGUUUUCAUGGUUUUCAUGUUUUCAUUCUCCUGGGAGAAGUCCUGUGUUUCUUUGACCCAUCCCAUGUGGAUUUGGAUUAAAAAAGCAGUUAGUAGUAGUCAGAUAGUAUUUGUGACAUUCUGAAAACAAACAUAAUACAGGACAAAAUAUGUUUCCCCUUAAAACGAGAAAGCAGUUUAGUGGUACGGGAACGUAAUCUUUAGGAGACAGGACUACAGAGCAACAUUAGUAGUCUGGAGUCGUGUUUGUAGCCACCUGAAGAAUUUCAGUCCAAUAUUCACUCUCUUUUAGCUCUGUUUUUGGUCUCCAGCAACUCCGAAGAAAAAUGUCUGGUCCUUUAGCAGAUAAAUGCUCCACUAUGUUCACCAGCUAAUUGCCAACUUUGUCUCUCUAUUGUUUGCUGCUGAGCAGGUAGGUACAGAGAGGUUUUAGAGCUAAUUUGCUGAAAACAGCUGCCUACUGAAAGCAACACGGUGAGAGUGAACCGAAACAGUAAAGUUGGGAGCCGGAAAUCUAAACUAUGAGCUGAUACUCACUAUAAAGCUCUGUAAAGCCGUGAUGAGCUGCAGAUUCAGUUGAUAAUUCUCUGUAGGUUCAUAAGCGACCGCUUUGCUUUCAUAUCGUCAUUUAAUACAUUGUUACUAUAAAAAUAUGAAUUAAAGCUAAGUUUAACACAAUUACAACCACCUAGACAUUAGCAAUAUGCUUGUGAGAUUUGACUGCAGAAAGUGUUCUGGUUGUCAACUGUUUUGCAUUUUAAAACACAUUACGAUUUGUUUUUUUUUACUUGUUUUUGCAGAAGUGAUGGCUUCAGUAAAGUUGAUCCCAAAGCCAAAAGAGCCACUGCUCCUUCCAAAACCAGGCGGUGACGGGUGUGUGCGCUGUGCUGUGGUGGGCAAUGCAGGGAUCCUCAAUGGCUCUAAAAUGGGGAAAGAGAUUGAUGCUCAUGAUUAUGUUUUUCGGAUGAAUGGUGCAAUCACCCAAGGUUACGAGGAAGACGUAGGAAACAGAACAUCGGUGUACAUUCACACGGCCCACUCCAUCACAUCUGCGCUGUAUUUCUUCAAGAAGUUUGGAUAUACUACUGUCCCUCAUGAUGAGGGUAUAAAAUACAUUAUAGUUCCUGAGGGGAUGGGGGAUUUCGAUUGGCUCAGGGGUCUUCUCAAAGGAGAAAGAAUCACUGUUGAUCGAUAUGGAAACAUAAGGCCAUGGACGUACUAUGCUGGGCAGUACAAUGAGACCCGCUUCUAUGUUCUGCACCAGGACUUCCUGAGAUACAUUCGAAACAGGUUCUUAAAGUCUCCUAAUCUAAAUGCUUCAUACUGGGCAUUAGUCAGACCAAGCAAUGGGGCAUUCACUCUCUUCCUGGCUCUGCAUACCUGCGACACUGUGAAUGCAUAUGGAUUCAUGACUGAGGACUACAAGAAAUACUCAACUUACUACUUUGAGAAAAAUAUUAAAACCCCUGUCAUUCUCUACGCCAACCAUGACUAUAUCCUGGAGAAAAACUUGUGGAAAAAACUGCAUGACAGCAAAAUAAUUAAGCUUUAUCAAAGAACAGAGUCAGAAACAGGGACGAAAAAGCCUAAACAACACUGAUACACUGAGAAUGGAAGUAAGAGAUUCUGCAAUAACUCUGCAAACCCUUGGUGUUCUCUCAAUGAGCUUCAUGAGGUAGUCACCUGAAAUGGUUUUCACUUCACAGGUGUGCUUUGUCAGGGUUAAUUA